AUGCCAUUAUUAGUUGUUUAUGGAAAACCUUGUAGUGGAAAAACUAAAACAGUUAAUGAUUUUAUUCAUUACUUGACAGAAAAAUUAAGUAUAUCAGAUGAUAAAAUAAAAGUGAUAUGUGAUACUGAUAAUACUGAAUUUUCAACAAAUAUUUAUGACAACGCAAAACUGGAAAAAGAACACAGAAGUUUACUUAAAUCUUUGGUAGAUGAUAAUCUUAAGAAUGACAAGUUAAUAAUUCUUGAUGCCUUAAAUUAUAUUAAAGGAUAUCGUUAUGAAUUACAUUGUAUAGCUAAAAAAGUUCAAACUAAAUUUGCUCUAUUAAUUAUUAAUGAAGAUGAUAAUAAAUGCAAAGACAUUAACAAAGAAAUGAACAUGAAAUAUGAGGAAAAAAUUUUGAAUGAAAUUAUAAUGAGAAUGGAAUAUCCAAUUUCAAAAGAUUUUUGGGAUAAUCCAAAUGUUGUAAUUAAUACAGCAACAACUCUGAAAGAAAGUGAUAACAUUGAUAAUUUUGAUCAACUUUAUCGUCUAUUAUUUGAAGGAGUUUCACUUGUUUCUAAUAAGAGUACUAGGUGUCAACCAAUAGCUAAUAAAAAUUUCGUUACAGAUAUUGCAAAAAUAACAAAAAAAAUAAUUAUUACAAUUGAUUCAGAACAAAAAAAACAUAAAUUUGGUGAUAGAAUUAAAUUACCGUACACUGAUUCAGAUGACAAAGAUGAUACAAAGAACAGUUAUUUAUAUAUUAAACAAUAUAGUAUUAGUGAAUUAGAUAGAUAUAGAAAAAUAUUUCUAGGAACUGUAAGAGGGCAAUCAAUUGAAGGAGCAAACAUGAUUGGAAAUUUAUUUGUAAAUUAUUUAAAUACUCAUUUAUCUUUGUGCCAUAUUGAAGGAGAAAUUUAA